GUACACUUGGCGAGCGAAACACCUGCCAAGCGAGAGAAAGAUGGACCACUCAAAGCAAAAGUUUAGCCCUUUGAUGUCCUGUUUGAAGCCACUGGAGGUGGCCGGAAAUGGCAUGUGGGUGUCCAUUAUCGGCGUGAAUCGACGUGGAGGAUGCUGGGAAUGGGUGCCUCAUGCAACCACCCAUUUGGCUGUCCCGCAGCUUCUCAAAUGACCCACCAGUGGAGGAGAACAUUACAAUUUUACUUCUUCAAUCUGUUUUGUAGCCCAUAAUUGUGAUUUCGAGAAUACCCCUGAUAUUAGGAGUCCAAAAACGGCGAGGCAAGGGACAACAGAAGAACAUCCGGGGCAUUUUCGUCUAAAAAAACUUGAACAGAUUCUCUCUGGCGAGAGCUCUUUCUACCUAUUCAUUGAACAUUUGCACACAUAUUUUCGUCUGUGGCAAGCCAGAUAUCUCUGAUCUCUCUGAUCUCUCUCUCUGAAAGUGAGAGUAAAGACCAGAGACAGAGAGAUCUAAUAAAGCAUUUUUAUAUAAAAUACAUGAUGAAUCUCAUCAUUAAACAAAUGUACCAAUAAAAACUCCCUACUCCCUUGCAGUACACAGAGAAUCUCGUCCAAAAUUCAGCUAUAAACUUCCAUUAUUGGACUCAUCUUUGCUCCUCGCUAUCUCUCGGAGAUUCUGACGUCAUCUUUUCGAUGCAACAUAUCCUCCAUUGAUUACCAUUGUUGAAGAAACAUCAAGGUUUAUAACGUAUCUGUCUCGCGCUGAGAUACUGUAAGGUAGCUGAGGACGGAUGUUUUUAAGGCAUUGAAAUUCCUUCGAGAUCAACAACUUAACAUCUACAAUUGCAGGAAGUAUGGUUCUCCUUAUUGUCCUUAUAAAGUUUGUUAUGGGACCUUGAUCUAUUUUCAAGAAAAUUUCCCAACCAGCAAAGUGUGUUCUUCAGGUUGCCCCUUGUGGCAGAGACUCUUCACUUACAUUAUACUAGCCAUCAUCACUACAGCAACAAUCUGUUACAGGCCAUGGCAUGCACUUCAAUGACUACUCCUUCUACUGCUGCCACAACUAUGGCUGCCAAAGACGUUUUCAAAGAUCAUAAAGGUCUUCGUCGUUCAGACUCCAGUAAAGAUCUGCGCAACCAAGCCGUACUCCGAAGAUCUGUCUCGGAGAACCAUCUUUGUCGUUCUGUGAGCCGUAUACAUGCUGCGUCAAUGCAGCCUAAGCUAAAGAGCAGCCGUUCAUUCGGGAUUUUUCCAUUCCAAAUUUCUAGCUCCCUAAUCCCAAAUUCACUUCGAACGUUUCUGUUUGACCCAGAAACAAGCAAAGACAUGGAUUUAAAUGUCACUACAGUUGAAACUUCAGUGGAGAGCAAUGAAGAAGAAGAGGUCAAAAGAGCAAAUUGGGUGGAGAGGUUAUUGGAGAUCAGAAGUUAUUGGAAGAAUAGGCAGCAGAAAGAGGGUAUAGAUGGAGAUGAAAUUUGUGAUGUGGAAGAAAAUGGUGACUGCAUUUUUUAUGGUGAUGAGGAUGGGUGCAUGGUAGAUUAUAACUUAGAGGAAGAAGAAGGAGAAAUGAAAUAUGAUAGUGAAACGUUUUCGAGAUUUUUGGUUCAUGUACCAUGGUCUGAUACCAAGCUAUUCUCUAAGCUGGCUUUCUUGUGCAACAUGGCUUAUGUUAUACCUGAAAUCAAGGCCAAGGAUUUGAGAAGAUCUUAUGCCCUACGAUUUGUAACAUCUUCCUUAGAAAAGAAAGCGGAGGCAGCUGCUAUAAAAGCAAAACUUGAUCAGGACUCUACACAUUUAACUGUUGAUUCCCUCAACAAAUCCAAAUCGGAUGAAAACAGUUACUCUGAGCUGAAGAAGCGUGCCCUUCGCACAUCUGUUUAUGAGAUUGCUGCCUCGGCAGCAUGUUAUGUUCAAUCACGCACAAAAAGCUAUACAUCUUGUAGCCCUGAGUUACAUAAUGAGUGUGGUUGUACAGAAGAUGCGGAGGGAGAAACCUCACCCCGUGUGUACAAAUCAGAAGUGGCUGCAGCAGUUGCAGCAUCAACAAUGACUGCAGUUGUUGCAGCAGGGGAGAAGGAAAAACAGAAGGCGGCAAAGGCCCUUCAGUCACUUCACUCAUCACCUUGUGAAUGGUUUGUUUGUGAUGACUUAAGCGCAUAUACUCGUUGCUUUGUGAUUCAGGGAUCUGACUCCCUGGCAUCCUGGCAAGCAAAUCUCUUCUUUGAACCUGCUAAAUUUGAGGGGACAGAAGUGUUUGUUCACAGAGGAAUUUAUGAAGCAGCAAAAGGAAUAUAUGAGCAGUUCAUGCCAGAAAUUAUCGAGCAUUUGACUACACAUGGAGAACGUGCCAAGUUCCAAUUUACUGGUCAUUCCCUUGGGGGUAGUCUUGCUCUUUUAGUCAACUUGAUGCUUCUUACCAAGAAGGUUGUCAAGCCUACUGCUCUUCGACCAGUAGUCACCUUCGGCUCACCAUUUGUUUUUUGUGGAGGCCAAAAGAUACUGAAUGAUCUGGGGUUGGAUGAUGGCCAUGUCCACAGUGUGAUGAUGCAUAGAGAUAUUGUCCCAAGAGCUUUCUCCUGCAACUACCCCAACCAAGUCGCCCAAGUCCUCAAGCGUUUAAAUGGCUCCUUCCGAUCACAUCCCUGUCUGAUUAAGAAUAAACUGCUGUACUCUCCACUUGGUAAAUUAUUCAUUCUCCAACCUGAUGAAAAGUCAUCUCCUCGACACCCUUUCCUCCCUCCGGGAAGUGCUCUCUAUGAAUUAGACAAGACCCGACGUGGGUACUCCACAAGUGUCCUAAAUGCAUUCCUCAACUGUCCCCACCCACUGGAAACUCUAAGCGAUCCUACAGCUUAUGGUUCAGAAGGUACAAUCUUAAGAGACCACGACUCGAGCAACUAUCUGAAGGCCGUGAAUAGGGUUCUAAGGCAAAAUACACAAGUGGUUGUUCACAAAAUAUCGAAAGAGAGAAAUCUAUUGUGGCCACUGCUCUCUUCACCGUCUCCACAUUCAUGGAACCAUGAAAACAAUUUGGAGAGCAGCAUGUUAGUGACCAAAGAGGUAAUCACCGUGUAAAGCAAUUUUGCAGGGUUUCUCCAACCAUUAUAUAAAUACGACCCUGAAUCAAUAAUUUCUGUAAUUUUUUUUUCUUUUUUUUUUUAAUCCGUUUGUUGUAUAUAUUCUUGCAUAUGUACAUCUGAUAAACUCUUUAACUCUAUUUGUGCUGUCAUUCAGCACUGACUAACUCCUUAAUAAACACCCAAUGUUUCUUCCUGCAAA